AUGACCAACCCAACAACCCUCGACCAUCUAUGUCAAACACACCUCCCGGCAUCCACGCAUCCCGCGGCAACAACAGAAACAACAACAACAGCAGCAACAACAACAGCAACAACAGCAGUACCAUCAGCUCAAACCGAAUACGAUCCUGUCAAAGUUCGUAAAGGAUGUCCUCCAUCUGCCACCAUCUCUGAUCAACUGGCCCUCCACAAGCCAACUACUACCCAUCCUCAUGAUUGGAUCGCACUCAUCGAACGUGGCGACUGUGCAUUCGUCGAUAAGGUCCGAUAUGCUCAAAAACUAGGCGCCUCAGCCGUCAUCGUCGGUGACUGGCAACAAUCACCAUCAUCAACAUCGUCAUCAUUCUCCACACAUCAUCCAUUCUCUCUCUCUCCCAUAUUCUCCCAACCAUCAAAGACUGGCGAUCACUUCGGCUUCAACUCCGGUCUACUCACCAUGUAUGCUCCAGGAGAUACCAGCGAUCUCACCAUCCCAAGCGUCUUCGUAGCCAGAGAUAGCUAUCUCAGUCUCAGGCAGGAUUGGAAAGAAUUCUCGGCCAUCUCCGAUCAACCAUUUCCACAUCAACCUACUGCCGAUCUAGAUCAUCUUCACUCAUUGGAAGUCAUCAUGAGUAAGGACGAAUUAUGGACUUGGCCAUUCUUCGAUUUGGUUAUCAUUCUACUAUUCUUACCUUCGAUUCUCACCAUCGUCACACUACUUCUACACCGUAUCAGUACGUUCAGAAAAAGAAGGGCGGAUAGGGCACCCAGGGAACUUGUCAAUCGAUUACCCUCAGUGAUCUGGGCCAAAGAUAUGGAGAAAGGCAUCCCACUCCUCAGUGAUCCACUUCUCAACCCGCCUGCUCAAGACCAACAAUCAUCCCUUUCAGCUGGAUGGAUCUCCACACUUCAUCAAUGGCUACAACACAUCCAACCAAGAUUACAUCCCAUCAUCUUCCCCAACACUCGCUCGGAACAGACCCCAUUACUCACGCCUUCAAACCCUCAUCCGUAUGCCGAGCCGGUCUUGAGGAAACAGCAACAGAAAGUUUAUUUCUCACAGCGAGAAUGUGCUCUGUGCUUGUCAGACUUCGAAGUAGGCGAUUUGAUUAGGAUUUUACCCUGCGGACAUUGCUUCCAUCAGUCCCAGUUAGAAGAGCAAUGUAUGGGUAUAGACUGUUGGCUAUUGAAAUCCAAAAGAUUCUGUCCAAUAUGUCGAAUGUCGAUCGUUGAAGAACCUGAGGGUUCAUCUGAGAUCAGUGCCGUUGACCCAGCGAUCCAUCCAACCAGCCCGGUCGAACGCAACCUCGCUGGGCUACCAUCUGAACCGAUCCCGCUCCCCUCCAAUCAUGCCAAUCGACUAACCCAUAACCAGUAUUCCACAGGAACAAAUAACGGACCGAUACCUUCUUCUUCGAGUGUCACCCUAGACCAUGCCUGUUCUCGUACCCGCAUUUGA